CUUUUGACAGCUUCAUGCUUCAUGCCCAACCCAAGAUGCAUGCACACGGGCUGAGCCGCCAGCGGUCCUCGGCAAAUCUUAGCUCCCGCGAUUCGUCGCUGUUUCAUCGACAGUCACUGCAUGAAAGGAAUGGGAACUUCGUCCGAGCUGGUUUUGUCUUGACAUCCGACUACCGUUCUUUGUUCGAUACUCGUCCCUGCUUCUGUUUUAGAUCUCUUGCCCCUCUUCAAGUUUGUUCAAUAUUUCUCAAACUUGUUCCCUCUUUCAAAGUCACGCGAGGCUGUGAACGAUUGCCCCUCCAUAAUUGCAUCAGCUCAACUCUCACCAUGGCAAUGAGACCGUCACUCCUCACGCGAGGACUCAGUUCGGCGUCCGGACCCAGCGACACUGGAUCACCAGCAGAACAACGCGAUGAUGCCAAGAAGAACAUGUUGAAGGCAAUGCGACCUUUGCCAACUCAGCACUACUGGAAUGUCUACUUUGACAGACAGCAGAAAGACCAGCCGAAAUCCGCAGACGGCACCUACACAGCAACUCUUGAGCAACUUGGGUCCCAGAUUGAAUCCAUUCAAGACUUUUGGAGGUACAACAACAAUACCCCAGUUGACCAGAUCAAGAUGCGCGAGUCUAUAUACUUGUUCAAACAAGGCUUUCAGCCGGUAUGGGAGGACCGGAGAAACAUCAAUGGUGGUAGCUGGACAUUCAGAGUGCCAAAAGUCAAUGGACCGGACUUUUGGACUAGAGUUCAACUGAUGGCUAUCGGAGAGAAGCUUCAAGGCUGUCUGGAUCUGGGAGACCAGCUCUGCGGUGUUGGCCUUUCUGUCCGCUUCAACUCUCACCUUAUCUCAGUAUGGCAUCGCGAUGCUUCGAAACAGAAAUCGAUUGACGCCAUCCUUGCGACUGUGCUGGAGGAACUUCCAGCCGAGUUGAAGCCAAAGCCAGAUAAUUAUUUCUACAAGAAGCAUUCUGAUCAUGCUGGGUUCAAGGCUCCCGUCACCACUCCUGCCCCUCCCGCACCUACUAUUCAAGCUCCAUGAGCAUAAUACCCAAGAAUUGGAAAGAUAAUGGAAUCACGGCUCCCACAUGUUGCAUUUAAGAAUCUAGGCUAGGUGUUUUGCGUUGCAUAUUUGCUGGCGUUAUAGUAAAGUAGUUACUAUCAAAGUUAUGUGAUCCUCAGUCACAUCUCACCAGAGGCAGAAUCCUUCGUAUCAUGUGCAUUCUCAUCAUGCAACUCGAGAUCCAUAAACGCUAUAAACGCCAUGCAAAUAUGCCGAAAUCCAAAGUUAGGAACCCAAUAUCCGCCGAACCAACGAGCAAGUCUUACCUCAAUUGUCCGUCCCAUAUGUCACUUUGAAAGUCCACCAUUUUUGGAACAUUCAAGACGUGAAUGCACGCUGCCGAAAAAGGUCUCGCCCUUCAGUAUUCUUCAUCUCCAGACGCCGGCCUUUCUCAUGAUCCCCUCAAAGUCUUCUUUAUCCACUCCUUUUCCCACUCCUACCC